AUGAGUCCUCGUCCUAUCAAGCGGCUCCUGGUGGCGAACAGAGGCGAGAUCGCAACCAGGAUCAUAUCAUCAGCCCGGGAACUCGGCAUUGAGACUAUCGCAGUCUACACCGACAACGAUGUCACGCACACAUACAAUGCUGCCGUUGCAGUCCGAUUGAAGUCGCCGGCUUCGUACAUGGACGUUAAUGAGCUCGUGGAGACGGCGAAGAAGAAUGGAGUGAACGCCGUCCACCCUGGUUAUGGGUUUCUCUCGGAGUCCUCUCAAUUGGCCAACCGGAUGGCUCAAGCUGGAAUUAUCGUCGUUGGACCUGGAGCCGAAAUCCUCGAUCGAACAGGAGACAAGCUACAGGCUCGAAAACUUGCCGAAGAGUGCGGUGUUCCAGUCUUGCCAGCACUCAUCGAUCCGACCGGUGACGUUACCGCAGUAAGACAAUUUGCGGAAAGGAAUGGCUUGCCAAUCAUGGUAAAAGCUGUUGACGGCGGAGGCGGCCGUGGCAUUCGACUCGUCCGGGAUAUGGAAGACCUUCAGAGUCUGGUCACUCGUGCCAUUGAGGAGAGCCCAUCUAAGCAAGUUUUCGCCGAGAGAGCAGCAAUCGAUGGCUUUCGCCACGUUGAAGUCCAGAUCAUUGGUGAUGGCAGUGGCAACGUUAUGCAUUUGUGGGAACGAGAGUGCAGCAUUCAGAGGAGAUAUCAGAAGAUCGUCGAACUCGCUCCGAGCACGAUAGCUAGCAGAGAGGUUGUGGCGCCUGUUAUUGAGUCGGCGUUAGCAAUGGCGAAGAAGAUUAACUAUCGUUCCCUCGGCACCUUUGAAUUCUUGCUCAACCCUCACACCUCGGAGAACUUCUUCCUAGAAGUCAACCCAAGAUUACAAGUCGAACACACCAUCUCCGAGUCGAUAUGCUCCGUGGACAUCGUGAAGGCUCAGCUGAGACUUGCCCAAGGUGCCUCGUUCUCAGAAGCUGGGCUCACAGAUCUAUCCCAAGACCCUCUACAUCCGCCCAAAGCCCACUCUAUCCAACUUCGCCUCACAGCUGAGGACCCUGAGAAGGGAUACUCUCUCAGCAUCGGCAAGAUACAGUCCUUCAGGUUGCCUUCCGGCAAUGGCGUCCGAGUUGACACAGCGCUCGUCGCUGAUGCACCUGCUGUAGUCAGUUCGGACUUCGACAGCGUGAUAGCGAAGCUGAUCAUCACUGCUCGAACAUGGAACGAAGUUGUCUCCAAAACACGCAGAGCGCUGGAUGACACAUCAAUACAGGGCAUCACCACUAAUCUGGCGCUUCUGAGAGCAAUCGUUUCCCACCCUGAUUUCGAGGCUGGUGCCUGUGACACCCAGUGGCUUGAAGCGAAACACGAGGAGCUGUUGAAGCAGAGCCGAGCACUGUCAUCUGGCAGCAGAGACCCGCUCCAUGGUUUGGCACAGGCACAAUCUGCUAGCCAGUCUGGAGCAAAUAUAGCACCCGGCUCUUCGUUCAUGUUCCGAAGGGACGACGCUUGGCAGAUCUCAUUGAAGAAUUCAGAUCCAUCGCAAGCACAACAACACCAUAUGCAGAUCACCAAGGUGUUGAAGAACGACUUUCCCUCGUCGUUUGCUGCGGAUGUAAAAUACACAGUGCAAGGCUCGGAAGCUAAGAGCUUCACACUGGACUUGCAAAGUACAUCAGCCUCUGGGUCUACGCUCAACUCACAGCAUCCGCUGGGUGACCGGUCGAACAAGGACCAUGUCGUUCUUCCGAUAUCUGGUAAGCUGGUAGAGGUGCUGGUGGAUGUUGGGGAUCAAGUCAAGAAGGAUGAAGCUAUUUGUGUUAUCAAGCAGAUGAAAAUGGAGAUUGAGAUACGUUCGCACAAAGCAGGGACUGUUAGCUGGAUCACAGAAGCGGAAGACGAUGAAGAUGUUGCAGAAGGCAUACUCGUAGCGGUUGUUGAGGAUGGGGCGAGAGCUAGGCUGUAG